CCGAAACUGGUACCUCGGGGCGCCAAGAUACCCUUGACCUCGAGCACGGCGGACUCGACGAUGGUCUCAGCAGACAACCUCAACCUCGACUGUCUGGAACUGAUUUUUGCACACUUGAUCGGGAAUGAUUUAUUCACAGUCUCUCUGGUCAGCAAGUCCUUUCUUGCGGGGGUCAUACCAUACCUGUACCGUACGCUUGUGUACCAUCUUGGGAACGCGAAGCGGUAUCCCUCUGUGAUGAAUCCAUUUGAGACUGUCGCAAAACACCGGAGCCUUGCGGUACACGUGCACAACAUCGGUUAGUAG